CACAAUCCACCUAUAUAUACACAUAACCUCGCCUCGGCAUUGCCCUACUUUCUUCGUCGUCUCGCUCCCCCCUCACAGCGCCGCCGCCGACGAGAAAAUCUCUCUCUCUCUCUCUCUCUCUCUCUCUCUCUCUCUCUGUUUUACACAUGCAUAGAUAGUUUCAUAUAUAUCACAUCGCACUCUACUGGCCCGAUGAUGGAAAUCUAUAUGAAUUGAACGCGGUUCUGGUGUGAUGUAAUCACUUGCCUUCACUACCACCAUCACCACCGCCACCGCCACUACCUCUUCCCCUUCCCCCAUACAUCUCUAUAUUUAUGUAUAUAUCUAUAUUACGGUGGUACGUAAAGGCAUUUGACGACUCUCACCGGGUACAAAACCGUUGAUGAUUUAUCAAAGCUAUGAGAUCUGAGGGCCUGUGUAGAACCCUAACUUAGUUUUUGGGUGGAAAAUGAACAUUGAACGUGCAGUGAACGGUGAUGCAUGGAGUACUUUUCCGGUAUCUUUUUAACCGUUGAUGAUUUGGGUUUCAGGAUAUUUGUUAGUACUAAUCUCUCAGUUCUUUGGAUUGUGAGAAAAGGAGAGAAAAAGAAAUUGUUUGUGUCUCCUAUAAAAUAUCAUCAAAAUGAAUGGACCAAUACAAGGACAUGUCCUUUGUCUUUAUUUCAAGUCAUUUCCCAUCAUCUCUCCUCUAUUUUAAUAAAUUUUUUUCUAAAUACUCAUACCUUCUAUUUUGUCACCCUUUUUGCUGUUGUUUCCACCGCUAUCUGCGCAGAAUUUUCAAGUCUAUGAUGUUCUAGGCUUCUUGUUGGAAUGUGUAUUUUGUCAAGGAAAUGGGCAAAUUAGACAGUUAUUUACGAUUUAUUUUUGUAGUCUAUUCUCAUUUUUUGUCCUCUUGUUGUAUUCGGGGUUUCAAACUGAAAAUAGUUGCCUUCGGGCAUGUUUUUCCGGUCAAAAAAAAAAAAAAUGAAUAUAGUUUUUGACUGGUAUACAAAUCUGCAAUAUUUCUGCCCUUAUGUUUUGAGUGUUGUUCGUGUAGAAAGUAAAAGAUUUGUUUGGCUUCUGAUUCUAUCUAGAUCAUACUUUGCUGGUGUAUUUGGAUAGUGGGCUUGUAUUAAGAGAAAUCAAUCACUUGGGACUUGUCUUUUAAUGCUUGUAGCGCAGAUUGUAGAGUUAAGAAGUAUAAGCAUUAUUGUAUUGAAGUUUCAGUUUCUGCUGCUGCUGGUUCUGUGAUUGGGACUCCAAAUAUAAUGUGCGUGGGAGAAUGCGUGUGGGUAUCUAUUAAUAUAUGAGAAUUACUUAAUUUGGAGGUUGAAACUGGUAGAUGGAAAUUGCAAUUCUUGGCUGUGCUGCACAUUUGUAGCAAUUUACUAGAUAUCGUUGCUUUUUCAUGCCUUCCCAUUUUUUCUAUGUUGCUUGGAAAUCUCACUGUGUCUGUGCUUGGGUAUGCAUAAUUGCAUAUAGACAUGUGGAUGCAUGUGUGUAACAUUUUUUUUUUUUCCUCUUAUCCCAUUCAUUCAUCAGCUAGCUAAUAUGCUCCGCAAAUUAUGUUGUUGCAUUGUGUUGUCUUGUAGACUGCAAGGAUGGAAACCUCAUUGUAUUGAAGGGGCUCUAAGCAGUUUUAUUCUGCAUUAGAAGGAAAUGCAGCCUAGAAAGCUAUAUCUUACCCUUUCUAUUAUAUUUGUGUGCAGAUAUCGGACCUUUUCAAAAGUUAGUUCAUUAGAUUGAGUGCUUUAUGGUGUUUUUAUUGGUUAUAGUCUUAUAGACUUUAUGCAUGAUUGCCCCAAGACCACCCCAUUAGCUGCUCUUUGUCCUGUGUUAAGUAUGUAUGAUCUUUUUGCAUGUGCUAAUUUAUGCUGACCUUUUCGGGAAGUAAUUUAUGUUUUUUGUGUGAAGGCUCUUUGAAAAGACCUGGAUUAAAACCAUUGAUUAGUUUCUUGAAGCUAUGAGAUCUAGGGGCUUUGAUCAAGUUCAUUUCUAACGUGCAUCGAGCCAAUUAUGGGCCUCAAUUUCAGCUAUUUGUUUUGCAAAAGUUUGUGAAUGAUGAUACAUGCACUGGGCUCUGAGCAGAUUAUAUUCUGCAUACUGAUUGAAAUGCAGCCUAGAAAGCUAUAUCUGACCCUUACAAAGUUAUUAACAUUUUUUAUAUUAGUGGUUUCUAGGUUUGAAUCCGCCAUUAGACUUUAUGCCUCCAAGACCACCAAUUUGUUCGUCUCUCUCUGGAUAACUUAUAUAGAGCCUGAAGGCCUUAUAUUUGGCCACUUAAUCUGAUGUAAAGGAUCUUUUAAUGUGUAACUCAAUCUGGACCUAUAAUGAUUUUGCUUAGGCUGUGAGAUCAUUGGUGGCUUGAUAAUGUUCUUUGUUCCCAGUAGGCAUCCAUCUAGAUCUAGCAUCUUACAUCAAUCAGAAAUGAUAGCUUUGGGAUUCAUGUCAAUAUGUUAAGCUUUUUUUUUGGAUGCUCGAGUAGAUUUGGUGGAAUUGCCGACAAAAAAAAUUUAGAAUCUGGGAAGUUAGCUUUUUUUUGGAUGUUUGAGUAGAUUUCGUGGAAUUGCUGAUAAAAAGGCUUAGAAUCUGGGAGAGUUUAAGAGCUGAGUAUAAUUUUUAACCUGGGAAACUGUCUUAUGUACGCACGGCUCACAUGUCUUUAUACCUCUUUACACUAGCCUUGCGGCUCAGCUUGCCAUAUCUUUUGGCUCUUCUCAGCAUGACUGGAUCUGUGAGUUAAAUAAUUGUCUGCCUUUACUUCACGAUGCUGCCUUUCCGACCAUUUUCGUCCUGUAGAUCACUAUUUCUCUGUACUUGUGUAAUGUAUGUCUUUUGUUGUUUUAUUAACUGUUGUCCACUGGUUUCCCAAUUAUGAACAAUCUAAUAGUACUGGCGGUUUGAUGGUUGGGCUAGUGACACCAUCACUUCCACCUCCACCUUCACUUUCACAGCCUUAGGGAGUGUGUAAUUUGCCCUUUAUUUAUUAUCCUUUCGAUGUUGUUCAAAUGCUUUUGUAGGAAUUCUAUCCUGAAUGAUAUUGCUCUGGUUUAUGAGAUCUGAGGCUUUCGUCGCUAAUGAAGUCCAUUCCUAAUGAAGUCCACAGCUUGCACUAGCCUAAUAGUAUGCUAGCUGAACAUUUAAGAUAAUGUGCAUUUGACAAUUUGUUGGGCUGAAAUCUUGAUUUGAUGUUGCUCGCUUCAUGUUGCGGUUAUUAGUGAAAGCUUUGAUGCCCAAUGAUGGAGAACUCAUUUUGUGGAGUUGGUUUUGGUUGUCAUUAGAAGCCACCCCCAUCAUCUUGGUCAUCAUCAUCAUCAUCAUCUUCUUCUUCUUCUUCUUCCUCCUGUUAUUAUAAUAUUGUUGCUAGUGGAGUGUGAAAAUCACUUCCCUUGUUGCUAUUAUUAAGUUGGGGAGAGGCUUCUUAUGGUAAACCACUGCCUUCAACUAUCAAUGAUUUGUGAUAGCUAUGAGAUCUGAGGACAUAUCAAAUGCUUUUGACAUUUUACAAUUUGCUAGGCAAGAACGAGGGGAUUGAGUCGGGAACGUUGAGAAAACCAAGGGGUACCUAUGGGUCUAGAAGGCUGUGUGUUACUCAUGUUGAUUUAGCCCUAUUCUUUUUUUGUUGGGAGAUUGACAAAUAAACCUUGUGGCUGUUCACGUGUUAUGGAAGCCUAUUCUUUCCUCAGGGUCCUUUGAUCAAAGCUUUGAUUUUGCUUGUACCAUUUUUUAGUUGCCUUCCCUAGUUUGCUUGAUUAGGCAGAAAAUGACAUUGUAUAUUAUUUGUAGAUUGCUUGUAAUUAUGUCACUCCCUAUAUCGAUAUUGUGCAACCUUACUACCCUUUGUGCUGACUUGUGCAUUAUUACAGAGAAUUAUAUUUUCAGGGAGCAUUAACUUUGAUAUUGAUUUUGUGCUUUAAUAGAAGUCUUCAUUUCUUUGUGCUUUACAACAGGAUGUGGACAGUAAUCAAUUAAAGACCACGACUUUUAAUGUUUGGACUAAAGCUGGCUUUGAGAUUUUAUUGGAUUUUGGAGGGUUUUAAUAUAUUCCCAUUAGCAUAAUUUCCUCCAAUUUGUUAGCAAAAGUCAAUUGCUUGGUUUCUUGAAAUCUAAGGCUUCAAAAAAUUGUACUCAUCUUCUCCCUCCCUCUCCAAUUAGAAAGAUGAUUUUGUUGCAUGAUGUCAGUUGUGGACUACAUUUUGAGCUAGCAUUUUAGGUCUUGUUUCUCCUUCAAUUUGUCUUGAGAAGUUCCCCUAUGUAGCUCAAUUCUUUGGAGUUCCAUGUUGUGGCACUCCCUUGUGUGUUAAAAAAUUUUGUUUGCAAACCAAUUCAGUAUAAUAUCAUUGGUUGAGUGAUAAAAAAUAUAUAAUAUUCUUAGGAAACUUGAAUAAAGCCUGUUAAUUUGCCCUUGCAUGUUCACUUCUCCUUUUUUCACCUUGCCUUGCAGCUCAGCUUGCCUUCUAUUUUGGAUCUGCUCUGCAAUGCUGCUGAUCUGUGGCUUCAACAAUGUUAUGCCUUCACUUAACAUCCAAACCAUUUCUAAUCUGUACAUCUUUAACUUUGUCUACGUGAAAUAUGUUGUUUGCUAUUUGUUUUCAUGAAUUGAUGUUUAGGUGCUGCCCAAUGAUGGCCGAUCUCAUUGUAUGGAGCAGGUCAAUGGUUUCCAUUCAUCACCAGCCUUUACUAACCAGUAACCACCACCACCUCCUCCGCGCCACCACCACCUCCUCUACCUUCGUAGUCUCAGGGGAUGUCAGUGAAAUUUGCCCUUUUAUUCAUUAUUGUUUUACAUGGUGUGCAAAGGCUUUUGGUGAAUUGUUUUGAAACAAUUGAUUAUUUGCUCUCAAGAGCUAUGAGAUCUGAGGGUUUUCAUCAGUCACUUUUUGUUCUACUCCUAGCCCAGUGAAGAUGGGCUUCUAUCUUGCCAUUGUGUGGCACAAUAUUUGGCCUUGGGCCAUGUCGCUGUUCUGGCCCAACUGUAGUUAUGUUACUUUAUGUGGGUUAUGAUGUUAACGACGGUCCUUUCAGAUUUUAGUGUCGUGUGUACUGGUGCUUUUUUCCUUGAGCAGUAGCUGUGAGCAAUUUACUCUGAAUUCUGCUUUAUUGGUGGAAUUCAAUAUAGAAUGCUACAUCUGAUAUUAUUGCAGAUGUAUUUUCACUAAUUGUUUUCUUUCUUUGCCUGAAUUCUUGAGAAGUUGCUUUCUUCAUGUUGCUAUUGUCCUAAAUCCUGACGUUUGGUUUUUAACAUGGGAAAAAGCUAUGUUGCCCAAUGAUGGAUGACUCAUUUGUUGGAGUGGUUGCUAUGGUUUUCACUGGAAGCCUCCUCCAUCAUCAUCGUCAUCAUCAUUAGUGGCAUCUUAUUGCCAUGAAUUAUUGGAAUAAGAUGAUUACUACCACUCCUCCUCCUCCUCUUGCUAUUACUGCUAGUACUACUACUACUACAUAUGGGGGAGUGGCUUCCAAAGAUAACCAUAGGCCUUCAACCAUUGAAGAAUCAUGAUAAUUAUGGGAUCUGAGGGCUUACCUCUUCUUUUUUUUUUUUUACUUACCCUUCUAUUCAUUUCUUGAAAAUUGUCAAACAUUCCUUUACAUUAUUGUUCGUUGCUUACAAAAUCCUACUCUUUCCUCUGAUUGAUUUAAGCAAAACUUGAAUCUUAUGUCCGAGAAACUGCAUUGACAAAUAUACCGUCCGAGAAAUUUAAUUCUGUAUAACUGCAUCCAAUAAAGUCCCAAUAACUGCAUCGACAACUAUACUGUCCGAGAAACUUUUGUUCUGACUUCUGCAUUGUGAUGAUAAUGUAUAUGACUGGAAAUUUUAUGUUGAUUUAACUUUUGCCUUACUUUUAGUCUUGUUUUCUUAAUUCUGUAGAUGGCGAAGUUGUCCGGAGUAAAGCUGGCAUUAGGAUCUUAGAGAAUUUGGAUGGUUAUCUUCGAUAAUGACGAAGUUUUUACUGACCUUGUGUUCAUGUUUAAAAAAAUUUUCCCCACCUUUCAUUUAUAGCUGGUAAAGUCAUCCCACUUUAGUGAUGCUUUAUUGGAGGUAUGAGUGGACAGAAACACAUAGAUCAUCUUUCCAAUUGUUCUUUGCUUAUCCUUCGUUCUAACCUUAUCUAUUUGUUUGGUUGAUUGUGCCUUGUUGUUGGUGCUUGCAGUUCGUCAUGUGAUAAUGGCACUGAUAAUUGUUGUUGGCUUAUUGACUCCAGUUUUGAAAGCUUCGGGAUGAACCUUAGUGGUUUCAGUCGAGAAGCUGAUUACACAACAAUCUGCCAAUAGUUCUUUGCUAGGUUUCCUUAAGUUCUUUUGUAAUGCUGAAGGAUAUAUUUAUUUGUUCUUUUUUUUUCCCCCCCUGUUUUUUGGACGUGCUUUUAAAUCUUGAAAACUCUGAUGUAUAUAUUGCUUUAUCUAUAAUAUGUUGAUGUUCUCUUUUCCAAAAUAUGAGUUAUGACUAUCUUGUCCUUCACAAAGCCUUGUUUUAAGAAUUGGGACCAUCUUCAACGCUGCAGUAUCUAUUGGGACCUUGGUCCCUCUUCCCGACAACCAGCUUGUUGGAACCACGUCAAAUGCUUGAAUUGCUAAAAUUUUCUUCUGUUUGGGAAGUUAUUAAAUCUAUAUGCAAAUGUGUUGCACGGAUUCAAUAUUUUGUUCAAUCCUGUGAUGAUGGAUGCCAAACUAUUGCUGAUCUGAGUCACGAGAAUGAGCUUGGCCGCAAGAAGUUGGGUUAUACUGGUUUUUGUACCACCUGUUCCAAGGUCCUUUAUAAGUGGAGCUCUCCGAACCAUUCUUCUCAGCUCAUUCAAUCGCACCCGUACAUUCCCAGAGAAUGGAAAUUGAAUUGGGACUCACAAUCUCCCACGCUGUAGAUGAUUUCACCCCAUCAGCUGACCACCUCUACCAUGUUGUGUGUAGAGAAACUGACUCCAUGUUCAUCCUCACUGCCCAGAUCAAAGGUCCUCCUUGCACUCCCAUUUAUGUCAGUCUCUUUAUUCAUAUGUUCUAGUCUGUAUGUUUACGAAUCUGAUUAUCUGUAUUUUAUCUGCUUUUUUAUGAAUUGUUAUAAACUCUUUUCUAGUUACUAUACUGUCGAAACUCAAAAAAAAAGUGCAGGUUAUGAGGGAGAACAUGUGGAGAUUGUGAUAAAUGAGGAUGGGACUCGGAUGGCCAUAAGGGCCCAAAAGCCAUUUUUAGAAAACUGGACGGUAGGUUGGAAAAUGCAUACGGUAAAGAGGAAGGUUUUCAAGAUCCCUGAUGCGGUGAUUUUGGACAAAAUCAAGGCAAUGUUUAACGAAGAAGUGUCGGUUCUAACAAUUUUGAUGCCAAAGGCAAUGAAAGGAAUCUGCGGGAUAGGAGUUGAGGAAGUGAAAGAAGAUCAAGGUAUAGGGACCGUCGGAUCAACAAGAGUUGUACAUGAUCAAGUGAGUGAAGAGAAAGGAAAUGAAAGCCCUCCACCGUUGGUACAGAAAGAUCAAGUUGUUGAAGGAAGUACUGAUGAUGAAAUUCUUCGAGUGCAAAGGAAAACGGAGGGAGAAGAAUCCGAAAGAGAGGAAUGCCCUCGAGGUAUUACGGCAACAAAGGAAGACAAAAGUUGUCACGAAAUUAAUAAAAUUGAUACUUCAGGGCCGAAACAGGUUACAGAUGUAGUUAAAGAAGUUGAAGGGGAAAAGGAAAUGAAGAAAAGAGGAAAUGAAGAAAAAGAACAAGAACAAAAAGAUGAUGUAGAAGAACAAAAUGGUCUAGAAAAGAUCCGCGAAGAGGUCUGUCACGAUGAUCCUCCUGAGAGGGAGAAAGAGAAGAGCCUUGGUGAUGAAGCAACUCAAGGGAACCAGCCCCCAGAGAAAAGGUCCAUGAUAUGUGCUCCCGUUAUUGCAGGAUCGGCCUUUCUUGUGUCUAUUAUAGUUCUUGUGAUUCAUUUGAAAAGAAAGAAAAACCCGCCUAGAAAAAGUGAAAAUUAGUGCUUAAAAUUGGUGCAAUUGUGUUGCAGUACCAUCCAUUAAUGGUGGUUUCCUGAGGAUUCAAAAGAGGAAAAUUUAUCAUUUCACACGGUGGUUAAA